CAUCACUUCUCUUCACGUGAUGAUUGUGGCGCUUCUAGUUUUCCCGUCUGGCUGUGGUGCGCUAUUGUGAGACCAGCGUGAGAAGGUCUUAAGGACGCGCGCACGUGCAGAGGAUCGACCGGGCAUCCUACCCCACCCUCAGAAUGAAUCCUACAAUAAGGCCAGGGUCACCACCAGCUAUUUCUUCUGGGCAUUUUUUGCACUGCUCAGUCUUGUCCAGGAACAUGGGCUAUAGCCACAACAUCAUCCCAAGUUGGGAACGCGAUGUGCCAUGCACAAUUCCACGGAUGAAACCCAGACACAGAUUGGUGAAUUUCAGUGCUGUUCAAAGAUCUCGGUGCCAGUCAGUAUCCCUUGCUUUCAAGCGACAUCUGGAAAGCAAAGAACAGGAACCCCGCUCUAAACAUUUUCUGUCAGAGGAGAAGAUGGCUGCCCGUUUUAAUUCCCUUAGCCUGGACAAUGACCACAUCUACUGUUCUAAUGGCUUCCCUGUUCACAGUGAAAACCCCAGAUGGCAGCAAGCAUACACACAGCUGAAAGAGCUACAACGGAGGCUGUCUCAAGAUGGAGCAAGUGAAGGAACCAACUCUACAGAAGAAGAGCUGACCACAGUCAUUGUAGAUGGUGAAUUCAUGAUGGGAGACUGCCCUAUGCUGGUGCCAUCUUCCUUCACAUUAGAAGGUCUCGAAGGAAGCAGCAUCGCCCCUGAAGAAAUGCUUCUUUCUCUGAAUCCUUCUACCGAAAUUGUCCUGUGGAGCCCUCACACUAACUCUCUCUUGCACACCAUUAGGACACUGAUGACUCCCUCAUCCGUCCAGCCCCAUCUAGAAGCAGUGGCAAACCAAGAGGAAAUGGAAGUAUGAAUCAACAACCCCAAUUUUACUUCCCUUUGAAAUCAAAUUCACUUCUCUGGCUGUAUCUUUUAACAAAAAGCACUUUUAUCCAGCCAGUAUAAACAUUUCACUAAAAUAUUGUACUCCACCAUGGCAGCCUUCGUCAUUUUCAUCCAGCUGCAAUAAUCUGAUCCUUUCUCUUCCGUCCACAUAAUGUUUGCAGUAUAUCUGCAAUUAAGUCCAAUAUAUAUUUUCUCUUUCAAUAGGCAAUCAGCAAAUACUUCCCAGGACACUGAAAUAUACUUUUAAAUAAGAAUUAAAUGGGCAUUCUUGUCACUUCUUUUAUACUUUAUUAGCACAGAAGUCAGAUUUUUAAUGUCCAUUAAAGUUGGAAGAAUUUAAAAUUUUUUCCUUGACUUUUUGCUUCCGAUAAAGAGAACUCAACACUUUUAUACUGCCAAAUGUUACUUGAGAGGAGCUGGCAUUAUGAUGAACUCUUCCUGUUGGUACCUAGGGAGUGUGUGUAACAGGGAAAUAAAAGAAGCAGAAUUGUUUUUA